AUGGCUUCGGCUGUGACCAUUGACACUACUCCACCACAACCUCAUACUCUGAGCGAAGACUCAUCGAUGCCUUUCCUAGGUUCGCCGCAUCAGAUAUCACCUCGAGAAUCACCCUACUUCGCUAGGUCUUCCACGCCGCUGCAAGAACCAGACGCCGAAAACAACUCCUCGAGCCCUCCACUCCCCUACACUUUUACCCCUCAACAUGUCAAAUCCCUACCUAGAGCGUGGGAAAGACGACCGGCGACGCCAUUUCUAGCGCGCAAUGACGCACAGAAGAUAUGGAAACGCGUGCCACUGGGUGUCGUCGGAACCAAUAUCGGGGAGAACUGGAGGAAGGAGGCCAGGAGAUUGAACACACGACCGGUCAAGAGGUUGAGGAUUGCUCAUAUUGGCGGAGAGGAGGAGAAAGAAAAUGUUGCCUACGUUGGCUCCAGAUGGGACGAGGAUGAGAUGACGACACCUAGUCCGAAACGAAAGGCAGUGGAAUGUGGGGGUAUCGCUGACCGUGAAGAGGAGCUGCAGGAUCAAAACAUUCCCGAUGAGGCUGACGACCGCAUUGAAGACGACGAGGACUGUGGGAACUCAGAACCCGGCACUGCUUCACCGAUCCUCGGAAGCCACGACGGGGCCGACAGCUGGAUCGAGGAUGAAGGUGUUGGUAUUGAAACAGGACCUUCAACUGUCUUAGACAGUGUUAGUGCUUCUUUCGAGGCAGUGGACUUGCCUCAACUUCCUUCACCGAUCAUUGAGCCAGUGGAUGUCUCUUCCUCGUCUUCGCCUCCGCCUGCAGCGAUACAAUUUAUGUCAAAUACACCUAUGAAGGCCCUGGAUGAGGACGCCACCUCUUUUGGAGAUCGAGAGCAAGAUUCACAAUCAUCUCCAGUAACUGCCUCAAGCGGUCGAAACGCUGAAGAAUCCGGUAGCAGUCCCCCUGAAGACGAUGACACGGCUUACCUGCACGACUUCCUUUCUCGAGCUCGCGCCCGGAAAGCGGCCAAAGAGCGAGGCGUCGAGGAGAAUACAGUACAACCGAACGAGACGGCAGAAACAGAGAAUUCAUCGGUGGAAGAGUCGCAGUCCUGUCACAUUGAGGAUGUCACUGAUCCCUCCAUACCAACGACUGGCAGUGAAGAAAAACCAACUAACCUUCCUGCCGCCCAAGACCCUGAGGUGAGCGUCUCUCCCCGGCGAAGCUCUCGACUUAUCACCCGACUCCCGAGACUUCAAAAGCCCGUCACCAGUCUUCCGAGCAACAUCUCCCUCAAGCGACUCAGCGGGACCGAGUUUAUUGCUGCCAAUCACGAAGCUCAAUCUGUUGCUGCAGCCACUCGCACAAACACUAAUAAGAAUAAAAAUGGCGCGGUUCCUGCAAAGGUCAGGCUGAUACAAUUGCAUGCUGAGCUGAAAGCUUGGCAGUUUUCGGAAGAGGAUGGGGGGCCACAACCAAACCUAGAGACUACGUCGAAGAAGAGGAAUCACAAGGGAAAAGAAGUGACUUGGGCCGAGAAGCUUGCAACCUUUCAGGAUGGACAGGAAUUGAAGGGCUCUGGUGAUGAAGCAGGGGAUGAAUCGAACGAGGAUCGCAAACCAGACAGCAGCGCCGAGGUGGAGGGAGAGAGCAAGGAAGGGGCCGAGAAGUUGCGUUCGCUCUUUCGUCAUCAAAACAGAGGGGUCAGAAAGGUGCGCAAGCUCAGGAAAUUGAACGCUGGAAGCGUCAAUGGGACGCCUGCACCGAAGAAGACGACAAGCAUUCCUCUGCCGGUGGGACCGAAUUCGUCUUUAUCUGCGAAGAUGGAUGGAUUGGCGACGCCGGCAGAGAAUGGCCUGGAAGGUGAUAAGGACAUGAUUCACACGAGGACGAGGACGAGGACGAGGACUAGGGUUUCUAACGCAGCCUGA